CUUUAUAACGCUUCCGAAGAUUUUAACGUGGUAAUAACAUGCGGUCAAAAGCCCAAUGUGGAGAAAUUUCAGGCACACUCUGUAAUAUUACGUGCGAGGUCCGCGUACUUCCGGGAAGCUUUAUCUAAUAAAGUAGCCAAAAAAGGUGGCAUGAUUAUCUUAAAUCAACCAGGCAUAUCUCCAGGUGCAUUUGGUCAUAUUCUGAGCUACAUAUACAAUGGAACAAUAACUUUGGAAGAAGACACGGCCAAAAUGCAUUACCUUGAACUUUUAAUUGCGUCUCAUGAACUAAACCUUGAUGAAUUGUUAGAGUAUACUCAAGACUACAUCGUAGAAAAUCAAGGAGAAUGGAUUCGUCAACACCUUGUUAAAAUAGUCCGGGUUACGACAAAUAAUCAAUAUUUAUCCAAGCUUGGAGCCUACUGCCAAAUGCUAGUUAACACAAAUCCAUCGGAAAUUUUGAAGGCUGGUGAUUCCUUGUCCUUGGAAGAAGAAUAUAUGAUCUUAUUGAUUAAAAGAGAUGAUCUCCAAAUAGAAGAAAUUGAGAUAUGGAACUUUGUAUUAAAAUGGGGAAUUUUCCAACAUAAAUCGUUAAGUUCCGAUGUUUCAAAGUGGACCGACGAAGAUUUUUGUGCG